UUUUGCGCCUUAACGGUCCUUACUGAGGCUCCUCUGACCCACCGGAUUUAUCUGUUUCCAUUUGACCGGGCUUUCAUUCACAGCGGGGUCCAUAUAUGCUGCAGUCUGUGUGUGGAGUAAGUACUGGACCCUGACAGAGAGACAAAGAGAGAGAGAGAGAGCAGAUGAAAGAGAGUUAUCAGCGGCAGAAGGAGAGGGGAGCGCAGACACAGGGGAGGGUUUUUUAAAAAUUUCCCUUUUUAUGGUUCUCGGAUCAUAAACACUUGAGGACUUUAUAAACAUGCACCUACUGGGAAUAUCUCUUUUACUGGCAUAUCUUCUCUACACCAACCUCGCCAGCGACUUCAGCCAAAGCGACUAUGAUGAUUAUUACGAGCAGGAGCAGAUGGACGAGCCGGAUUCUUCUCCAAAGCCAGACAUGGAGCAGAAGUUGCGUUCAGCCUCCAGUGUGGAUGAACUGAUGAGUCUUAUCUAUCCUUCAUACUGGGCCGCUCUGAAGUGCAGAUCCAAACUUUCUGCUGCUGCCUCCUCAGCCUCCAAACUCUCUCAGCGGCCACAGCAUCGCAGACUGAGGCCACUGGCUGAUACAGAAGAGCCAGCAUUUGCUGCUGCCUACCUCAACUUGGAUGCCCUGAAAAGUAUAGAGUCGGAGUGGAGGAAGACUCAGUGCAUGCCCAGGGAAGUGUGUGUCGACGUGGGCAGGGAGUUCGGGGCUCCCACCAACAUCUUCUAUAAACCCCCCUGUGUGUCCGUCUACAGAUGUGGAGGAUGCUGCCACUCUGAAGACAAACAAUGCAGGAACAUAUCCACUGGUUACCUCAGCAAAACUCUUUUUGAAAUCACAGUGCCAAUCACCCAAGGCACCAAGCCAGUGACCAUCAGUGUGGCCAACCACACGCAGUGCAGCUGUCUGUCCAAACUGGACGUCUACAAGCAAGUUCACAGCAUCAUAAGGAGAUCCCUGCCUGAGUGUCCAGUGGCCAACAGGACGUGUCCUCCUGGUCAGUCUUGGAGCAGCAGGCAGUGUCGGUGUGUCAGCAUGACCGCCAAUGUGCACCACAACCCGCCUCCUCCACCACUGCCCCCUCCAAGGCCUUCCCAGCAGCACCUCGACAUUUUCUCAGCAGAUGUGUGUGGCCCAGAUAAGGAACUGGAUGUAGAAACCUGUCAGUGUGUGUGUCGGCGCGGAGAUCAAACUCAAGACUGUGGACCUAACCGACACCUCGACCGUAACACCUGCCAGUGCGUUUGCAAUGUCCCGCCUGCUCCCUCGUGCCCGCAGAACUUCAUCUUCAACAAGGAGACGUGUCAGUGCACAUGUAGCAAAACGUGUCCGAGGCAGCAGCCCCUCAAUAAAACAAAGUGUUCCUGCGAAUGCAACGAGUCGCCAAACAAGUGUUUCCUUAAAGGAAGGAGGUUUCACCCAGCCACAUGCAGUUGUCUCAGGCCACCCUGUGAGGUCAGAAGGCGAAGGUGUGAACCAGGUUUCUCCUUUAGCGAAGAAGUCUGUCGCUGUGUACCGUCCCACUGGAGACGUCUGGAAUAACCGCUAACAUGCUAAGUAAAUGCUGCAGAGCAGAUAACAAACUUAACAAGUAGAAUUAAUCACCCAUCCUGCUGCUGGUCAUGAGUAUCCCCAUCAGCUGUGAUGGCAGCUAAGUGUGCGGACCCUGAUGAAUGUGGGGAAACCUUAGUGACUGGAGCGCAGAUAUGGGAAGCUCUGGUGAUAUGAAGGUGGGAAAUGCACUGACUCGGCUAUGAGGACGUUUUAAUGGGAGAGCGGCUGAUCGGAGCCCAGAAACAAAAUGAAGGACCGAAGGAGAGAAAGUCAACACUCGACACUUGUUUUAAAAUACUGUCUAAAUAUUUUUUAUAUAUUUGGGGGGUUUUGUAUUAAUUAUGUCUCAGUAUUCUUAUGUCAGAUAUUGAUUAUAUAAUUUAUUAAAUGUUAUUUUUCAACCUCUGUUCAUUGCAAUUUCAAUCUUUUUCCAUGAAAAUACACUGUGAUCAAUAUUUUUGUAUCAUGUAUAGUAUAUGUGUAAAAUAAAGUAUACUGGAUGUUAUAUAUUGUAACAUUAGUUUGUCUGUUCUGGUGCAUGUUAUACUGAGGUUAUUCUAGUCUUAAUUCACCUCAGCAUCAGAAAAUAAACACUCAGUGGUCUAAAAAGUUCAAUGGUAAAAUAUGGGGCGUAAGAUAAAAGCCACAGCUAAAUUCAACUCGAGUCAACUCAUUUUUUGCUAUGGCAUCAUGGAUACAGAGUUGGAGGCGGUCUUUUCAUUCCUA